ACCCCCCCAACCUGUUGCGGGGCGCAGCGGGCUGUAGAGAUGGGCCGUUACUCCGGCAAGACGUGCCGGCUGCUGUUCAUGCUGGUGCUCACAGCGGCCUUCUUCGUGGCCGAGCUGGUGUCGGGUUACCUGGGCAACUCCAUCGCACUGCUCUCGGACUCUUUCAACAUGCUGUCAGACCUGAUCUCGCUGUGCGUGGGCCUGGGCUCCGGCUACAUUGCGCGGCGCGGUCGCCGGGGCUCCGGCGCCACCUACGGCUACGUGCGGGCGGAGGUGGUGGGCGCGCUCAGCAACGCAGUUUUCCUCACCGCUCUCUGCUUCACCAUCUUCGUGGAGGCGGUGUUGCGUAUCGCGCGGCCCGAGCGCAUCGACGACCCGGAGCUGGUGCUCAUUGUGGGCGCCCUGGGGCUGGCAGUCAACGUGGUGGGGCUGCUCAUCUUCCAGGACUGCGGCGCCUGCUUCUCCCGCUGCGCUCGCGGUCGCCGGACCCGCCCUUCGCAGCCGUCGCGCCAGGGGGACCCUUGUGGCUCUUUGGGGUGUCCCCAAGAGGCUGCCACAGCCACAGCUCCCGGAUCGGGCACAGCAGUGACUCUCCGGGGGGCCUCGGCCGGAAGAAAGCAGCCGGAGGGCGCGACGGUGUUCUCGAAUGUAGCAGGUGAUUCCCUGAACACCCAGAAUGAACCAGAAGAGACGACGAAAAAAGAGAAGAAGUCUGAAGCACUGAAUAUCAGAGGUGUUCUUUUGCACGUGAUGGGAGAUGCCUUGGGGUCCGUGAUUGUGGUUGUCACAGCCAUCAUAUUCUAUGUCCGUCCCCUGAGACGUGAAGACCCCUGUAACUGGCAAUGCUACAUUGACCCCAGUUUGACUGUUGUCAUGGUCAUCAUUAUCUUAUCGUCAGCUUUCCCACUGAUCAAGGAGACUGCUGUCAUCCUGCUGCAGAUGGUCCCCAAGGGAGUCAACAUGGAAGAACUGAUGAGCCAACUGUCCACCGUGCCUGGGAUUAGCAGUGUGCAUGAAGUGCACAUCUGGGAACUGAUAAGUGGGAAGAUCAUUGCCACCUUGCAUAUCAAGCACCAGAAAGGCUCGGAAUACCAGGAUGCCAGCAGAAAAAUCCGAGAAAUCUUCCAUCGUGCUGGAAUCCACAACGUGACCAUCCAGUUCGAAAUGUUGGACUUGAAGGAAGCCCUGGAGCAGAAGGACUUCUUGCUGACCUGCAGUGCCCCCUGCAUCUCCCAGAGUUGCGCUAAGAAGCUGUGCUGUCCCCCAGGGACACUGCCUCUGGCUCUUGUCAAUGGUUGUGCAGAGCACAAUGGUGGGCCCCCUCUAGAGUCUUACCGAAGCAUAGAAGCUCCAGAAGUGGCCAUUGAUGUGGCUUUGGAUGGCAGUCCAAGGGAACAGGGACAGACUCUCAGCAAGACUCAAGAGAGACAGCAUCAUGAGAACAGUACUCAUUUUUAGUGGGUUCCCACAGAAAUCAAACUGUCUGAACAGACACUUGGGUGUCGCCAGCUCUGCUUGUGGGAAGAGCUUUGUGGGUGUGUAUCCCGUCAGUAGGGGUCAGCCGUUUGAGAUGUUAGUGGAACAAGCUUGCUGAUUUCCAUGUGGUGGAUGACCCCUUUCCAGUACCCUGGGCAUCUCAUGUUUCUCUGGGACAGUUUCAGUAUGGACGUGAAUUUCCUAAAGCAGACUGCCCUAGUGUGUAUAUCAGGAGUGUUGAAGGACUCAGUAACUAUGGCAUGGGACUCAAAGUCGGUCUUGUCUGUCUUGUGGUGCUGGGGAAUUGCAGAAAGGGCUCAUGCAUGCUAAGGAACUGCUCUGUUACUGAGAUGAACCCUGUAGCCUUUGUUUUUAAAUCCGUCAGAACGUCUAGCUGACUCUCAAGUGAGCUCAAAGCUUAAGUGGGUAGAAAAGAAGUUAAGCACCUUAACUAUUUUCCUCUCUUCCCCUCAAAGAUCAUAAAAGAUGAACGCCAGCUAUUUAUGACACUGUAGAUGUACAUAUUCUUAAGUCCAUCCUUGAACCGUGAGAAACGGUCACCUAAUAAAUAAAUGCCAAAUGCAGAGCUAUUAAGAUGGAAAGAAAGAUUGCCUCUCGAGGCAGGAAGUGCUCUCAAAACAUUAGACAGGGUAGGCUUUGCUGGGUGGAGGGAAAGGUGGGUUCUGGACUGUCUCGUUGUUUUGUGAGGUGGCUAAUGUUUACUUCUUUCUGGAACUAAACUGCAGCUAUGGUUUGUUGCUUCUCCUUUUUUUUUAUUUACUUAUUUAUCAUCUCUGAAAGUUUCCAGGUGGGAUUGUUGCCGAAUCUAGUUCUGAUAAUAAUUUUCUUGUCCAGAAUUCCUUUCAGCCUUCUUUGAUGAUCACAUUGAUCUGUGUAGUAUUGACCAGGGGGAGAUGAAUCUUCUGGGGACAGGAGACUACUCAUUCUUGCUAAACAAAUAAGCCAGCUUGCCUUUGCUUUAAUUAGGUGUAUCUUAAAGUAUUUAUUGCACUUGCCAACUAGUAACUGGGUGGAAAAGUUGAUCUCCCAGUAAGAAAUGAAAAGUAAUUUGGUUGCUGACUUUAAUGUGUUUGGAGGCUCUUAGAGGUUUAUGUCUGGGACCCUUGUUAUGAAGUUCAAAUAUAUUAUGAUCUGAUUCAGACACAUAACUGAACUGUAUUGAUAGAAGAAAGUACAGACAUGUCUGUUAUGUGUCUUUAUACUGUGUUUGGGCAUCCAUAUUUAAAUAAAAGCCUCAGAGGUAUGACAUGGGGGUGCCUGACUGACAGAGCCAGCAUCUUCUUAGACAAGUUUCCAGGCUCACUGAAAGUGGUCUUGUCCUAGGCUUUGAUCCUACGGAGAAACUAUACAGGAUUCAUCAGAAGUGGUGGAUGGGCCCAGAAAAGGCAGCCACAUUUGUCAAUGCAAGCAUCAUUUUAAAGAAAAUGCCUUUAUUGAACAUGGUGGCACAUUCCUAUAGCCGAGAGAGAAGAGUCACUUGAGCCUAGGAGUUCAAAACUAGCCCAGGCAAAAUGGUGAGACUCAGGGUGUUUUGUUUUGUUAAUAUUAGUCUUAAAUUUGGAGGCUGAUGGGCAGCUGUGAUUGAGAAUAUAGGAAAAUCUUUGUUCCUUAGAAGUUGAUCAGAUCUAAAGUAACCAUCCAUAAGUAAAUAGAAAACUAUCUAAGCCUUUGUAAUUCCCAGAAGUCUAUUGUGUUGGAUUAUGUGUGCACUUUAUAAGUUAGGGGAGGAACAAAGACAGUUUCUGCUUUGGGCAUCAACCCUGUGAAGUAGACUCACAGAGACUAGAGGAUUCCCCAGGAAGCCCAGCAUGCUGACAUCUACAGAUUCUGCCACCAACCCUGUUUCAUGCCUUAGUUGAAGCCAAAGUAGAAAUUUGUCUCUUAUGUCCAAAUCUCAAUUCAUAUCACUGUGCCUUAUUCUUAAAGGAAAAAAAAUAUAAUUUUAUAGUUUCCUCCUACUAGCUAAAGGAGUGUAUUUUAGUUUGCAUGUAAAGAACAUUCUUUAUAAUUUCUGAAGUACUUUUUUUUUCUGGAAAGAAAAUACACUUAGUUCCAACAUAAUUAAAUUUAACCUCAGAAAAAUUAUCUUGAUUGACACUUGCAUAGCAAAUUAUAGACAGGAGCCAGUACGAAAUAUGGCUUUUUGAAGACAGCCAGAGUGCAUUUAUUAAUGUACAGACAAGCUGAAAGGGUGAGAUGCUUUUGCUACAUGGUUGUUUUUAACACCCCCAGCCCAGGCUGUCUGAUAUUUUGUUGGAGUUUCUUGGACCAUUGAUUGUCUGUUUGUUUGUUUGUUUUUUAAUUCUCUGAAGGAAGAGCAUGAUGUUCUCCCAUCCCUGAAUCAGCCGUGCACCUGGUGAACAAGAAGACAUAGUUUCUUUGAGCCUGGGUAAACAGUGACCCUCAGUUCACCGCCUACAUGCUUAGGUUCACUUAGAGUUGCCCCUCUUCCUCCUUCCUGCUUGCUUUCCUCAUUUCCCCCAGAAGGGGUGGUGCUCAAGCCCAGGGCCUUCCAGGCUGUGAGGCAUAUGUUCUGCUGAUGAGCUAGAAUCCUCAACCACAAAGACUAUUUUUUUAUAGCAUGCAUCACACCCUCUAUGGGACAGGUCAGUAUUAGGUGUCCUGUGUGCUGACUUGUUCUCAAUCCUUCUAGGAUUUUUCAUGCCUUCCUGUGUUUGUUUCUUUAUGGAACACAACACUUCCUUUUAGUGCUUCAGCACCAAUUAUAGGAAAGGAUUGCUUCCCUUCCCUUCACAUCUUCCAGUCUUAGUUUUAAAAAUUGGGAUAUUUCCUCACAUUUGGUUAUUAAGAACACACACAGGGAUACCUAUCUCCAUUGAACACACACACACACACACACACACACACACACACACAUCUUGUAAACUUCAAUGUUUCAAUGGAGUGGGUGUUUGUCAGGGAGUCUCUAUUUUGACAUGUUGGCAUUCUGAGCUGGUUGUGUCCAGGCUGUAUCAUGUAUUAUUUAGUAGGAUUGUUGGUAUCUAGUCACAAAUCCCAAAUCAUCUCCCCAACCUACAACAACCAAAAGUUCUUCUAGACAUUGUCGUGUACUCCCCGGGGAGAAGUUUGGAACCCUUCUCCACUUCUAAACCACCAGCUAUAACCAUGCUUAAACAUUAUUGAUGGACCCCCACCCCCACUCAAGCCCAAUAGUGUCCUCUAUUCUGCAGGAUUCAUACCUUCUCUCUCCCAGACUAGCCUGAAACUCUUCAUCCUGCAGCUCCAGCCUCCUGAGUUCAGGGUUUAUAGGCAUCCGCCACUACACUUAGAUUAGGAUUUACUGUUUACAAGCAGUAUUUUAAAAGGUCUAUUAUUUGCUGUGCUGAGGCUCAAAGCCACCCUUGCUACACGGACAUGCACUUGGAGUGAAGUUCUUGGUAACCUGAGGCAGCCAUUGACCACACAGCAAGUUUGAGACUAGCCUUUCUACAUGAGACUUGAGUUUGGUUACAUUUUGAUUUGGGUUUUGAAUGUGGUUAGUAAUCACUGACAGCGUGCCUUCUCUAUAGCUGGGUCAUUGCCUUAUGUCCUGUCACCUUUUGUGCUUCUGAGUUUAUUUCCAUUCAAACGACCGUGAGUGGGAACGAGGUGGCCAAACCAGGAAAACAAUUUCUUAAGCAGAACCUGUAUCAGAUCCAAAUCUUCAGUAUAUAAAAUGUUCUUAGAAUUUGGAAAAUACAUGUCAUUUUCUGGCAUUUUUUUCUGUUUCUAACUACCCCUCUCCAACCCAAGACUUUUCUUAGCUAGAUGGGACUGGCACCUUCAGGCCAGAGACUCUGGACAAACUCUGAAUUGGAGCAAGCACUAUCCAGAACGGAUUGACAAGGGAGAGCCAUCCCUUCCUGGAGGCUUGAGGUUAUGUUACAGUAUUGUGGAGUUUUGUUGCUUAAAAAAAAUCCUUCUUCUCUUCUCAAGGGCAAGAUUGCCAAAGUGUAACGUCACAUUUGGGGGCGGGGUUUUUAAACCUUUGGAGUUUCAAUAACUUCUUGCUAAUUGCAUGGAAAUCCCCACAAUGGAUGUGCACACACACACCCGUUGCAGGUGAAGAGCGUUCAAUGGUGCUGUACAUGAAACGUUUUGGAAACUAGAAAUGCCAAUCAGAUGUUUGUGGAAAUUAAACAGAUAGCUCAAAGCA